AUGGCGAGGAGCGGCGCUGAACGCCGGCAUCCUGUCCGGUUUCUCGGGACUGGAGUCGACUCCAGGCCCCGACCUCCCCCGGCUCGAGGUCCUGGAGAAAUGGAAUGGGACUUGUUCUUGCGGCAAACUUAUACAAUUCAGGCCUUCUUGACUGAUGGAAACCCUGCCUUCCUGUUGCGCUCGCAAGCGGAGAACCAGAAGAAGUACGCCGAAUUCGAUAACAGGUUCAAGAAGUCCAAGGUGCUGCAGGAGCUGCUCGAGAAGUCCAAGAAGAACAAAGAGAAGAACGAGAGGAUGAUCCAGGACAAGUACUGCCUGCGGGGCGCCGAGUGGGGCGUCGGGGACUGCUCCACGGAGGGCAUGACCGACCAGGAGAGGAGGACUUCAUUUCGGAGCUCAAGAAGAGAACCGGAGCAGAAUAGCGAGCUGAGCACAUCAUUCAGUUUCAGCAGGCGAAAUACCCUGAUUACCAGGGGAUCUAGACCAGCCCAUAGGCCACUAGGAGAUAUGAUCACGAGGGUGGACGAAAUAUUGCUAUCGCAAGGUUUCAAUGCCAGAAACCAAGUGAUCAAGCCAUCAUAUGAAGACUCAACUACCUUCAAAGCAAACAGAAACACAGAUUUCAGCACAACAAAUGGUGCUAAAUACUUGCAGACUAUGUAG